GGGUACACAGAACCAGGCUGCUGGGUCACGGUCAUUUCACGUGCACGCUAAUAAUCUGAAUCUUCAAAAGAACCUGAGCUUUUCCCUCGGUGUCUUUUCUGUCGCAUCCCGACUUUGCUUCACAUUUAUUCAACGACGAAUACCAGAUCGGCGCCCUCGGUGAUGAAUCUGAGCUUCAAUGAGUCAGGCGAGAGCCUUAACGACUUCAAAUUCACAUUCGAGUAUUACCUUGACUAUUCAAGAGAUAUCGAGGUCGACUCCAACCCUUCACGGGACGAUGUGUCAGAAACGGUGUCCCUGACCGAGAGCAUAUAUGAGUUCCAAAAGGAAAAUGGACGGACAUACCACGCGUAUCGCGCUGGCAUGUACCAUUACCCAAACGACACGCCCGAGGUGGACAGGCUGGAAUUCCAAUACGACAUCCUGAAGGUAAUCUUGGACGGGCGCAACUACCUCGCGCCCUGGUCCCAAGAGAACCCGCCUCGCAAAGUCCUCGACAUCGCGACGGGGACUGGCUGCUGGGCCAUCGACAUGGGCGACGAGUUCCCCGAGGCGCAAAUCAUUGGCACCGACCUGUCGCCGAUCCAGAACAACCUGGUCCCGCCCAACGUGCAGUUCGUCAUCGACGAUGCAACCGACGAGUGGCCCAAGAGCCCCGACUGGUCCGACUUCUGCUACAUCCACACGCGCGUGACCAUGGGCUGUUGGUCGGACAUGCUCAACCAAGUGAUCCGGCCAGCCUUUGAUCAUCUCCGGCCUGGCGGCUACCUCGAGUCGCAGGAGCUGAUGGGCCUGCUGGAGUGCGACGACGGCACCGUGGCGCCGACGAACCACUUCAAGCAGUGGUGCGACGACAUCGUCGAGGCCAGCAUCGCCGCCGACAGGCCGCUGCCGUUUGCCGACAGCAUGAAGCGGUGGUACGAAGAGGCCGGGUUCGUGGAUGUGCAGGAGAAGGUGUACAAGGUCCCUAUCAAUAGGUGGCCUGGGGUCCAGAAGCUUAAGAUGCUGGGCGAGAUGUUCCAUGCGAACAUGGAGAGCGGAUUGCAGGCGUUUAGCUAUGCGCUGCUGCAUCGGGUUAAGGGGAUGAGUCAGGAGGAGAUUGAGGUCUCCCUCGUAAAUGUUAGGAAGGAUAUGGCCGACCAGCACGUUCACGCCUAUAUAAAGUUCUACGUCGUGUGGGGCCGGAAGCCGGACAAUGCUGCCACUCCCCAGUCUGAGCCCCACGCUGCAGACAUGGAUAUGUCUAAUGGGUAGUUCAUCGAUGGGUGUGAUCUGCAUGACGCUGGUAGGAGGGUGUUGGUGGCGAUCGAUCCGACGGCCAGGUUACACCCGCAAUACUGUGCUGAUUCUGUCAUGAACUUCCGCGGCUUCAUAUCCAAGGGGUUCUCUACCUCUGGACAGGAGAUAUUACCUGUGGCCCGCGGUAAGAGUCAGCACGCAGGUCCCACAGCUAGCGACGACGCGAUGAGCGGACAGCUACGGUGUCCUAGCGACCGGCAGGAUGCGGCGCCAGUGCUGACCCUUGUUCCAACAGCGGGGCGCGGCUGUCAUCCUCCACUACGA